CGUUACGAGGGGCAGGGAUUGUGCUAAUUGACGUGCUGCGAACAAGCAGCAACUAAGUCCAAACUGCACUGAAAAAAACUAUCUGCUUGUAAGAGCUCUUCUCUUUUGAUAUUGUGGUCGUAGUUCAAAGACUGAGGGCACCUAAGUUGCACGGCCAUUGGCCACCUAUAGUGAAUACAAAAACUGCAGUGUGGAAACGCGGAUGGUGGCAGAACAUACAUUCUUUCCAUUCUCAAAAGCAUUCAUUCACCUCGCUAAAGUAAAAAGAGUUGUGCCACUCAGGAUGUGAGGAUGUGGAUAAGCACGCGGCUGAGGAUGUGGGGCAGUUGGGAUUGAAGCUGCGACAGCUCCACGCGUCGGCAAAGUAAAAGCUCAUUCGGCGAUCAGCUUUGGGCUUUGAUUGGUGGCUGGAAAGCUCCGGUUGGCGUCAACAAGUGGCUUUUCCACCCCCACAUCCGGAUCCAUGGAAGCCACCGUUUUUCUUGGCCGCGAACCAGUUAACAUAUCAGUUAAAACAUAUGUACUUACGAAAUUGCAAAGUGAAAAUCAUCUGAAUUGAAAGGAAAUCUUGGAAAUCGUUGUCGAAUUUAUAUUCAGUGCUAAACAUCUGAGAAGGAAUCCAAGGGAUUAAGGAUUCUGAAAUCAAACAAUCAUCUGAAUCUUGGUUUAACAUAAUUUAUCAUCAAUUGAACUUCACAUCAGUAGCAAACAUUAUAUAAUCCAUAUAAGUAAUUAAUGUUUUGCUGUGAAUCACAUAUUUAAUCUCAAAUUUAUAUAUCUUAAGAGUGUCAAAAGAUCGAACGAUCAAACUGAUUCACCAUUUAAAUAUAUCAAUGUUUGAUUAAACAUAAAUCCAUGUAUGCAAUCAACUUGAUUGAGACUAGAAAACCAAUAAUGAACUAAGCAAAAAUAUCAACAUUUUAGACAAUUCAAAGUACACACAAGUAUAUAGUUCUGUACGAUCUGUUGCUUAAUACAUCAAUAUAAUCGAAUAGUCUUAACAAACCCAUUUGAGAAAAGCUAUUGAAAGUACGCUGAAUAUUAUUAAUUACAACACUAUUGAUAUCUAUGUACAACCCAAGAAGAGCUUAAAAAUGCAUCCCAUACUUGAUCGUUACUAUAGUGAUCGAUAUCAGAUCAAGCUUAUCACCCGAUAUUUGAUUGAACUCCUUCGAUUGAAAAAGAAGGCAAAGCGCGCUUCCGAAUUAUCGCAGAAUUAAAAAAUAUAACAAUAUUACAAGCCACUGUUUAAGCAUCGGUUUCAAGACACCUACUAAAAAUUCCCAAUCGAACCAAUACUUGCAUCAAACUAUGAUAUAAACUGUAUAUCCGAAAUUGAGAACAUCUAGUUGCGAUCGCAUUUCGCAAUCAAACCGAUGUAGCUUUAUCGAUGACUUGGAACCAGAGCGCGCACCUGAAGCCAAAAAUUUUCAUCAUGAGUGUGCAGAACCACCCAGGAGAUGUGAUCUAAGGACGAAGCAAAUCGCAGUUGUUCAUAAGAAAAGAGAGAGAGAGAGAGAGAGAGAGAGAGAUAGAGAGAGAGUGAGAAGAAGAAAAUAUAUAGAAGAAUAUUGAGAAGAGUUGUACACGCGACAUGGAUACCAAGUUGGAGGCGCGUGGCCAGUUUCCGGCCUCGUUUCCGGACACUUUCAAGAACUUCUUUGCCAUGAUGAACGAAGACGAGGAUCAUGUGGGGCUGUUUGCCAAUCUGCUGGAGGAUAAGGUGAUUCCGCGGCAGAACAGCCCCGUCCAGCCCCAGCGGCAGCGGUACGGCGGCAGCAUGCGGAGUCACAGCGGCGGCGACCGCUCCGAUCGAAGGGGUCGCGCCGAGCGGCAGUACCAGCAGCAGAUCCAGAAUCAACAGCAGCAGCAGCAGCAACAGCAGCAGCAAAACGCUCAACAGGUGAGUGGUUGGUUACCAUUGGUUUUGGUUUCUGUUUCAAUACACAUCGGCAUACACCUGCAGCAGCGCGUCUUUCAGCCGCGAAGUCGCAGCGGCAGCGGCAGCAGCGUUGACCUUUAUGCGACUCGAAAUGUAAGCUUCACGACCCCCACCAACCGGGUCAAUUCGCUGCGGCGGAAUCGCUCGCGAGGAUCGCUGACCACCCUGAGCAGCAAUGGCCUAAAUGCCCUGGGCCUGGGACCCGUGACCCUGGCCCCGAAUGUCAGCUCGAGCAGCAGCGGUAGCGUCCUGGACUUGACUUUGCCGGGUGGCAACGGGCCUGGUGAUGGAGGAAGCGGCCUGAAUCUGUAUCCCUCGCCCGCGAAGUCGAACCUGAAACCUGCUCUGAAGGCAAGCAACUCGUCAGUGGACCGUGGAUCCGCUCUCUUCCUAGGAGCCGGCGGUAAAUUGCUUUGCAGUCGCAUUAAGUACUCUUGUCUGCACCAUGAUAAUUCCGCAGAUGAGAUCCAACAACGUCAGCAGCCGCUCAAGAAUCAGCAACUCGGUCCUGGACAGAAGCACGUGACUAUGGCCUGUUGCGAGUGCGUUUGUGGCAGUGGCAAGGUUCCCCGUUCCGUUCCCGACGGCGAGGACAAUUGUGGGGCGAACUACCUGAUGGGCUAUUCUGGCGGAUACAUGCUACCACAAACGCCGAAGGGAAAGUCCAUCGACAAGACGAGCACCUUCACUUCCGCCGAGCUGGCAGCCUCGAAGAACAAGGAUCUGCAGGAGCGACAGGAGCGGCAGGAGAAACGUGGGUCUGUCAUCCUCGAAAGAGCUUUCGAUUUCGAUGCCAGCUGCGACGAGAGCGACAGCAUUGGCAGCAGCACCCACAAUCCCGUGCCCUCGCCGGCUCCCCACCAGCUGGCCUACAAUGUCCUCAAGCCGAUCCUCAAGCAGCCGCAACAACAGCAGCAAAAGACAAUGAUGCAGCCGCAACAUCAACAGAUAAAUGCCCAGCAACAUCAAGGAGUUACGCAGCAGCCAUAUCAACCGGUGCCGCAUCAGCAGCUGGUGGGCAACCAGCAGCACCAAGUGGUGACCCAUCACCCACAACAGCCCCAUCAACAGGUGGCCCACCAGCAACAUCCAGGGGGCGCCCACCAGCAGCACCAAGUGGUUGGCCAUCAGGCACUCACCCACGCACAGGUGAACCACCAGCAGCCCGCGUUGCAGGUGCAGCUUCCGACCCCCGGGGUGCACGUGGUGCACCGCCUGCUGCCCACACCGCCCACCCACAGCGGAAAGGGGGCGUACCACACGCGUGAGGCGGCCUUGCAAAGGGUGCAACAGCAGAGCGGCUUCUACAACCAGGGGCCGAGCACCUCGGCAUCUGCCUACGGCUAUAACCAGGCCAUGGAACACCAGCUGAUGCAGCAGCAGCUGCACUACGAUCCGCACCAUGAUCUGCAGUUUGAGCAGCAUCAGCAGCUGCAACAUCAGCAGCAGCAUCAGCAGAUGCAGUUGCAGCCUCAGCAACAGCUCCAGCUUCAUCAGCAGCAUCCGCAACAGUUGCAGCAUCCACAACAGCUGCAGCAUCAGCACCAGCAUCUGCAGCAGCAUCAGCAGCAGCAGCAGCAUCAACAUCAGCAGCAGUACGCAGAUGACACCGAGCUGGAUUACGAUACGGAGUGGGAGUUGGAUGAGGAACCUGCUCCGCAGGCUGUCCCGCCACUCACCACCUUCAACGACUUUGUUAACGCGGCGCAGAAUCCAACUGGCAGUCGACAGAGUCUACGCGCCCAAAAAUCGCCGAUUUUAAACAGGCGUCGCGCCUCAUCCAUAGCUGGAAAUCUUUUGCACUCGGAUUACACGUACACCCGGAACAGCAUCGGUGGAGCUCCGAUCGACUCCACCGACUUUCAGCGCAUUUCGCACAGCAGCAGUGCCAGGGAUCGCAUGUCUCUGGCCGGAGUUCUGACCUUUCAGCAGGCCAUGUCCGGAGCAGUGUCACCACAGUAUGGAACAGUGGGAUCGCUGAAUCCCCAAGCAGCCGGUGCCGGUGAAAACAUGCCGGGCAUUGUGGGAUCCGAUGCCGUAGGUAGCAGUUUGCCUGGCGGAUCUUCACACAAUCUAAAUUUGACGGUGGGCUUGGGGUUUCUCGGUGGUUCCAGCACCACUUUGGCUGCUGUCGCCGAGGUGACUAGUGGACCAGAUGGCAAUGGUGACUCCACCGACUCCCCGUCUCCGGUCUCCAUGAUUCCCAGCAAGCAGCAGCAGCAAAAGCAGCAGCAGCUGUUGCAGUUGCAGCUGCAGCAGGAGCAACAGCAACAGCACCUGCCCACCCACUUGCCAAUGAAGCGGGAACGAGGCGUAGGUGAGUCCUCCGGAGCCAGCACAUCCGGCACCGCCAUCGCCGAACUGGCCUCCUCCGUCGUCCUGGCCUCCCAGUCCGGAAAACCCAUGACUGAGCGGCAACGCCUAAGGACAUCCAGCAUGCCGGCGGAAAGUAGAAGGCCGCGUCUAGCGGAGAUGCGACGCUCGGCCAUUCAUGCCGGUGAUCCGGACAUGACCUACUAUCGCCUGCGGAGCUUCAGCAUCACUUCCCACGGCAUCUGCAACUUGGGCGAUUCCCUGAGAAGCCGCAGGUCACGUUCCAUCAACUCCGUGACUUCCACCGGCACCUCAAACAGCGGCGUGGAUCGACACAAUAGCAACGCAUCGGGGGCAUCAGGCGAAGUCAUCGACGGAGAUCCCAAUGUUCCUGCCUACAAAAUUGCAAUGCUCGGCGCCUCCGGAGUGGGCAAAACCACCCUGACUUACCAGUUUACCACUUCCGAUUACAUAUGCGCCUACGACCUCAGUCUCGAUGAUGACUACGGACAGAAGACUGUGUCGGUGCUAGUCGAUAACAUCGAAACGGAUUUGGAAAUAAUUGAUCAUCCCGCAUGCGAGAUGUCGACGGAGGCCUUCUGCGCCACCUACAACAUCGACCUCUUCGUGGUGGUCUACUCUGUGAUAGAUCGAAACACUUUUGCCGCAGCCGAGCGUGUCCUGCAGUAUCUCAAGGAGAACGAGAUGCUCUUGUCACGCGGAGCCAUCCUUGUAGCCAACAAAACGGAUUUGCAACGACAUCGAGUUGUCACUCGUCAGAUGGGCCGCAAGGUGGCCAAGGAAAUUGCAUGCAAAUUCAUUGAGACAUCAUCUGGACUGGAUCACAAUGUGGACGAGCUACUAGUCGGCAUUGUGGCGCAAGUGAAACUCAAUCCGCAGCGCUUGCGAUUGCUCACCGAAUUUGAGCUGCAGCGCCUGAAUUUGCAAAGCACUAUCCAGAAGCACCGUGGCAUGCACCUGCAGACCCGUCGGAUGGUCCGACAAAUGAGCGUUUGUCAGGAUGACGAGGAGAUUUUCGAUGGCGGACUGCCGGAAAGGCUGCAGAACGGCGAGGCCAACAAUGAUGCGGACGGAGUGCCUAGCACAUCGAAGGCCGGUCGGUCGCGUAUCGAGAAUCCCAACCGCAAGCCCUUGAACCUGGAAAGCAUAUUGAAGAUGGGCGAAAGCGAGGUGGACGAGGACGAGGAUGUGGUCAAGACAUCGCAGCUGAGCAAAUUCAAUAUGCUGGCGGCCAACAUACGUCAUCGUCGUCCAUUCCGCAAACGUCGCUCGUUCGACGGCGGCGUUUCCACAUCUGCAGCUGCGGAAGCAGCCGCCGAACUGCAGCGGCGCUAUCAACUCCGAGCCAUGGAUGACUUGCAGCUGGAGGGACGACUGGGAGGAGCGACGGAGGAGCGGUUUGGGGAGAGAAGUGGACUGGCCGACAGCGAUGACGAGGAGGAUGGUGAGGAGGGAGUGGUCGGAGGACACCGGAAUGCCUGCAACCGCAAGGUGGUGAAGAAACUGACCGCCCGCACCAAGGUAUUCAUCUCGUCGGUGCUGCGCUUCAAGAAGGCCAUCAGCCUCAAGCGGCGCAACUCCUCUAGCUGCAGCGAUCUCUUCGUGAUCUAA